AUGACGAGGCCGGUCCUGGAGGCGAAGAUGGCGAACGCGGGCGCGUGGGCGUUCGUGGAGCUCGCCACCGAGCAGCUCGCCAGCACAGCGGUCGCCCUGCGUUCGAUCAAGUUCGACGACGGGACGAACGCCGUCAUUGGGUGGCCAGGCCAGGGCAAGGAUGCCGAGCGGCACGCGGCCCCCAGCCUCCUGGUGCGCACCGCGCAGCUCAAGCUGCAGGACGACGCCGACACGGGCGCGCUCGAGCGGGGCGGCGGCGCCGGCGAGGCGCCCGCGGCGGAGCAGAGCUACCGCUCCGACCCGUUCGAGGAGCCGGAAUGA